GAUGAGCCUGCUCGAUAGGGAAAACAUCACUCUCAAUGUAGUAGGUAUCUCUACAUUUGGCGAUAGAGAUUUGGAUUUUGAUACUCGUCACUUUCCAAAGGUUGAUCUAAUUGUCCCUCUUAGUUGCUGUUUAAUGAGGGACAUUGAUAAAAACACAUUUGGAAAUUCUUUAGAAACACUCUACAUAUAUGCAAAGAGGGAAUUAAACAUACCCGAACCACAGCUCUCUCCAGGACAUCGAUACUACAUUCAGGAAUUGGGUAACUAUCUGAUACAAAUUCGGGAUAGUAUUGAUUCAGUCAUUACUGCACUAAUCAAAAAAUAUAUGGGUCUGAUUGAGAUCUUGAUAAACAUAUCACACGUCUAUACUGAAGCCUAUAGACAAAAUAAGUUGGGAUAUUUUGUGGAGAAUAUACCAAAUAUCCGUCAACAAUUGACAACGCAAAACGGGUAUUUUGAGGAGACACUGCAAUUUUUGUCUGAUGAAAACUGGGGGAUGUACGAAGAAUUAUGCAGAACAUAUCCAUGGUUGCCAUUUCGACCUCCGUACAUGAAUAGAGAUCGAGCAAUAAAUCUAAUGUCGUUCAACAGUCCGGAAGAGUUCAAAUUAACCGAACAGUAUUUUUUCUCAGAUCUCUCGGCCAACGAACAAUAA